UUCCAUAUAUAUAUCCAUGGUUACCAUGUUUUUUCUAUAUUGUCUUACAACUUGAUCUAUGUUUGUAUGAUCUGUCUUCUUUUUGGUAAAAACCCAGUUAUUCUUGUUUUUUAUUACAAUUACUCCUUAUUAUAAGCUGUUCCUGGCCUUUUCUCUUCCCUUCUCCUUCCUUAUCCUUCUCGCACGAUGGACUCUGAUGCCGAUGUGAGACCAUUGGCUCUGGAGGUAACCAGUGAAUCGAUCCAAGGUCAGCUGGAUUCCUUUACCGCGUAUUUGGCAUCCGGUAAUAUCUCUCCGAAUGAACUGGAAGUCAGGUAUAAGAGCGUCUUACCCCUUCUGGAUAGGCAAUUUCGGGUGAUUCAUGAAUGGAAAAAAAUUGAUCCUUCCAGAGCUCCUAAUCUACAAGCUUUCGAGAAUUAGUAUUUUCAGGCGCUAGCGAAGACAAAAAUGCUUCAAGAUGCGGCAUGCACUCAGAAUAACUCAGCUGCAGUUUCCAUCGGUUCUCAAAUUUCUCCCUUCCUAUCAAUUUUAAAUCUGAAACCUGCGUAUUUCCCGAUCUUCAAUGGAAAAUUUGAUAAUUUAGGCAAAUUUUGGGAAUUAGAAGAGAGUUCAGCCUAUACCCCUAAAUUUAAAGGUAAAUCUAUCGAAGAAGUUGAAUGCGAGAAACAUUUUUUAAAUACCUAUAAACGUCUACCUUGCGGAAGGUAUGAACUAAAGUUACCUUUUAAUGAUAAACUGCCAUUUUUGGGAGAGUCUAGAUCUCCAGCGCUACGUCGUUUAUUAUCUCUUGGGAAGCGGCUCACUCCAGAGUUAUUUGUAAGAUACUCUGAUGUUAUAAAUGAAUAUUUGUCAUUGGGGCAUUUAGAAUUGGUUCCCGAAAGUGAGUUAAACAAUUCACGUGUAUUUUAUUUACCCCAUCAUGCUGUCAUAAAUGAGUCAAAAUUGACUUCUAAAUUGCGUGUAGUUUUUGAUGGCUCAGCUACCACUACUUCAGGGGUAUCAUUAAAUGAUGUUCUAAUGUCAGGUCUAACAAUCCAAGAAGAUCUAAUUUCAAUUUUACUACGUUUCCGGAAACAUAAAUACGUACUAAUUGCAGAUAUUGAAAAAAUGUAUCGACAAGUUUCAAUAGAUCCUAAUGAUCGGGAUAUGUUGAGGAUUCUUUGGCGUGACCGCCAAACUGGGGAGAUUUUGACUUACCGCUUGACUCGAGUUACCUUUGGAUUAAAACCCUCUGCAUUUCAAGCGAUUCGAUCUAUACAUCAACUUGCGUUUGAUGAAAAUCCAGAGUUUCCACUCACUUCGGAGAUUACAAUUACAGAUUUUUAUGUCGAUGAUCUCUUAACCGGAAAUGAUGAUUUCCAGAUUAUCAUUGUAUUAUGUGAUCAAUUGAGUAAAAUGUUCAAGAAAGGAGGUUUUAAAUUAGUAAAAAUGUCAUCUAAUGAUCCCAAAAUAUUGAAAUAUAUUAAAGAAUCUAAUAAAGAUGUAGGUGAUGAUUCCUCCAUCCUCAUUGCGCCAAAUGAUAUAGUAAAAACUCUUGGCCUUGUUUAUAAUACUUUUAAAGAUUGGUUUUUGAUAUCUAAUUUAUCGAUAUUUGAGCACACUAAAAAUUCAAAAAUUACUAAACGUAGCAUUCUCUCUGAUACUUCUAAGAUUUUUGACCCAUUAUCUUUCUUAAGUCCGUUAGUAAUACGGGCCAAGCUGAUAAUGCAAGACAUUUGGAAGCUAAAGAUUCUCUGGGAUGAAUCGGUGCCUCAGUCUAUUUUUACUCUAUGGACAAAUUUUUGUUCAGAUAUGUUGUUAAUCUCAAAAUUAGAAAUUCCUAGACACGUUGUUUCUCCUUAUGCUGUUAAUGUAGAGUUGCAUGGUUUUUCUGAUGCGUCUAUCCGAGCUUACGGUGCUUGCAUUUACGUUCGUUCGAUUGAUAAAGACGAAACCUCUCACUGUCAAUUAUUAAUUUCAAAAUCCCGCGUGGCUCCGUUGCAUUCUACUAGUUUACCAAGAUUAGAACUAUGUGGGGCAUUACUUUUAUCACGAUUAUUGUCUCAAGUUUUAAAUGCUAUGCGGAUGCCCUUUUCGGCGAUUUUCUUGUGGACUGAUUCGACGAUUACUCUUGACUGGAUUCGUGAACCUCCAAAUCGUUGGAAAACCUUUGUAGCGAAUAGAGUGGCUGAAAUUCAGUUGAAUACUAAAAAUGCUCACUGGUGUCAUGUAUCAUCAGAUCAAAAUCCUGCUGAUUUAAUUUCUCGUGGGGUUCAGUCUUCGACUUUAAUAAACUCAAGUUUAUGGUGGCAUGGACCAGAAAUGUUACAUAACCCGGGUAUUUUCCAACAUUGUCAUCAAGACAUUAGGUUUGAUAAUGAUUUGUCUACUGAAAUGCAGUCUUCUUGUACUUCUCACGUAAUUUCAAUUAAGCCCUUUGACUUAUUUGAGAAAUACUCUUCCCUUUCUAAACUGAUAAGAGUUUUUGCAUAUGUUCAACGGUUUAUUUUCAAUUCUAAGUCUAAAAACAAGCCAUGUAGAAAGAUUGGAGAAUUAACAGCAGCUGAAUGCGACAGUUCUUUAAAUAAAUUGAUGAAAAUUGCCCAAUCGGAAGCAAUUUCACGUGAUAUUUCAGAUCUGUCUUCCGGUGCUUUACACAAAAAAGCAUAAACUUUUAGCAUUAAAUCCCUUCCUUGAUGAAACUGGAGUUUUAAGGGUCAAUGGUCGUUUACGUAAUGCAAGAAUUCCUUACGCACAAAAAUUUCCUAUAAUAUUACCAAAUAGACAUAAAUUGACGAACUUAAUUUUUAGACACGGACAUUCUGUUCGACUAUUUCAUCCAGGCCCUCAAGCCUUGCUGGCUUCAAUACGUCAACGGUUCUGGCCUUUAAAAGGAAGAUCUGAAGCUUAUUUCACCGUACGCAAUUGUUUCGGUUGUAGAGUUGCUCGCCCCAAACUUCUAACCCAAAUAAUGGCACCAUUGCCAUCUCACCGAGUAACUGAGCUACGACCUUUCAAAAUUUGCGGAGUCGAUUUUUGUGGUCCUAUUUUUUUAAAACCAUACUGUAAGAGUAAAAUAAGGGUGAAAUCAUAUGUUUCAUUAUUCGUUUGCUUUGCAACGAAGGCAAUUCAUUGUGAAUUAGUAAGUAAUUUAUCUGUAAAUGAUUUUAUUGCCGCUUCAAGAAGGUUUAUUUCCAGAAGAGGAUUCCCCUCAGAUAUCUACUCAGAUAAUUCCAAAACCUUUAUUCGCACUAAUAAGGAAUUGCACGAUAUGUUGUACUCGCUUUCUAAUAAUGAAAAAUUUCAGCAUGUUUUAUCUAGUAACUCUAUAUAUUGGCAUUUUAUUCCACCUAGAGCUCCUCAUUUCGGGGGAUUAUACGAGGCUGCAAUUAAAUCACUAAAAUUCCGUCUGAAAAGAGUUGCAGGAAAUUUUGUUUUCACUUGUGAAGAAUUCCAAACGUUGCUUGCACAAGUAGAAGCUUGUUUGAAUUCUCGUCCCCUAACAGCUAUGAGUGAUAAUCCAAAUGAUUUAACACCUCUUACUCCAGCUCAUUUUUUAAUCGGACCCCCCCUGAUUAUGUCCCUUAUUAAGUCCCUGAAAGAAUCUGUUGAAUCCCUUGCAGGGUUCAAGGGGCGCGGUAUGUUCCAUAUAUAUAUCCAUGGUUACCAUGUUUUUUCUAUAUUGUCUUACAACUUGAUCUAUGUUUGUAUGAUCUGUCUUCUUUUUGGUAAAAACCCAGUUAUUCUUGUUUUUUAUUACAAUUACUCCUUAUUAUAAGGUAAGAAAGUUGUGUGCCUUCUUGUUUCAUUAAAGGCUUCUUUUAGCUUAAUUUGGGUUUCCAAAUUCUUCUUUCUUAAGGUUCGUUUCCAUCACCUUUCCUUUAUUCUUGUCUUGCCUAACCUCUAUUUUUGUGAGAAAAUGCGUAACAGGGGCCAUUUUGGGGGGCUGAAAAUAUUUUCAUUUGA